AUUCGGAGCGCGUCGCCAUUCAUGAGGCAAAGGGUGGUGGGCUUUUGGGUGGGAUCUUAUCGCCAUUUUGAAUGGAAAACUGCAAAUAAAACGACAUCUCGAAGAGAACGGGGGCCUUUUAUUUUGUUCAACAAUCCGUCAGCAGUUUCUGCGACACUAACAUUUCUCACUGUAGCCAUGUCAUCCAUGUUGGAACUGGCAGUUGCUGCGUUGCAAUCCCUUGGUGCUGUUGCCUUUGUAGUAGCUGCAGGAUGGGUAUAUGCUCUUUACGGUUAUUUCCCUCUCUCCAUGCAGAGGGAUCUGGCGCGCUUGGUGGUCCAACUUUUGGCGCCGUGUUUGUUGUUGGUUUCUAUUGCCCAUACUGUUAGUUGGGAGUCAUUUCAUCUCUGGUGGCCAAUUCCAGUGCUGUUUUGCGCGUUGACACUGGCCUCCUUCAUAUUUGCGGUGGUACUUUCUUUCCUCUUCCGCAUCCCCCGUAGUCGGUCGCACUUCAUAGCAUCUGCAGCCAUGAUGAGCAACACAAACAGUUUACCAGUUGCGUUGAUGCACAGUCUAGCCCGCGACCCAGGCUCACGGGCAGUUCUGAAUCCCAAAGCGAGCGACGCAGACGAAGUGGCACGGAGAGGAAUCGCCUUUGUCCUAUUUUUCAGUUUGUUCUCCAAUAUUCUUCGAUGGACAAUUUGCUAUCAGUUGCUUGCCAAAUGUCCUGGAGAUGAGGAGCAUGCCGCCGUUCAGGAGCAUGAAGGGGAUGCACAAGUAACGGACUUGAUUGCAAAACAAGAGGAGGUAUUUCCCGGGGAUGCAGUCAUUGCGGAGAUUCCAGACGCGGAUCCUCAAGUUCACGCAACACGCCUCCGACGCCGCUCUCAGAUCUUCAGCAUUUCUGCCGACGUUGAUUCCUUUGCCGCGACAGGCUCCGCACACACGGCAAGCCCCACAGAGCGAACGCCUCUCAUACUACCCAACCCCGUUCCGGGGCCCCAACUGAUAGACUCACCCACAGAGUCCGUGCCAGAUAUUCCACCACGCAGUCGUCUACGAGCGCUGGGCACUCGUUUGUACGAUCUUAUGAAUGCUCCUUUGUAUGCCGCCCUGCUGGCCCUCAUAAUCGGCCUGAUACCGCCCGUAAAGAGCCUCUUUUUCGGUCCAGAUCACGGCAACACUGGCCCUCUUGAAGAGAUCGUCACGGACCCUCUGUACAGUCUUGGUGAAGCGUCUGUGCCUAUCAUCAUCUUGACGCUUGGAGGACAGCUUGGGAGUAUGGGGAAAGUGGAGCAUGUCGAUACCGCGGCGGAAGGCAAAGACGUUGCCUUGGUCAUUUUGGUGAAAAUGAUCUUGACACCAGCGGUCGGGUUGCUUAUGAUUUUAGGCAUGAAGCCGUUUGUUCCUUUGGUCCAGGAUCCAACAUUUGCAAUGGCCAUGCUACUCUUGGCAGCUUGUCCCACUGCGCUAAAUCUCAUGAACAUAAGCCAAGCCCACCGCAACCACGAGACCGUGACUGCUAGGCUCCUCUUUUGGUCCUAUCUCCUUAGUGUACCCAUUUUGACAGCGUGGGUCGUGGCUGAUUUGAUUAUUUUAGAAAGGUAUUGGACAGUAUAGUCAAUGUGAAUUGGUACAUGUACAUUUGUGGGGGUGCGAGUUGGCCGGGCUGUUGUCGGCAUUCGGAUGUCUGUAUCAAGCACUUGCUGAGCAUGCUGUAUCUAGAGAACUGUUGCGCUUACGUAUAUGAAUAAAAAUCAUCGUAUCAGAUA